CACGACAACUGAGAGCUCAGAACCCCAUCCGAGGAGGACGAGGAAGAUUAAGGAAGGAGGAACCAGUACGAGGUGUAUCAUUUUCUAUCUACUUCUUCUUCAUUCAUCCAUGGAAGGCAGCAGGUCAGGAACUGCAGGAAAGCCCAUAAAAUGCAAAGCGGCGAUCUGCAGGAAAGCAGGGGAGCCUCUGUCCAUCGAGGAGAUUGGGGUUGACCCACCAAAGGCCUGGGAGGUUCGGAUCAAGAUCCUCUGCACUUCCCUCUGCCACACUGAUAUCACUUCCUGGAAGCAGAAUGUAGAGCCAUUUGCGAUUUUUCCUAGAAUAUUCGGACACGAAGCCAUUGGAGUGGUGGAGAGCGUGGGGGAGAACGUCGACGAGGUGAAGGAGGGAGACACGGUGCUGCCGGUGUUCCAUCCCAACUGCGGGGACUGCAAGUCCUCGAAGGGCAACGGCUGCUCCGUCUACAUGAGGCGGCCGGGCCUCACCCAUUACAUGCCCCGGGACUGGACCAGCCGCUUCAGGGGAUUGGACGGCCAGGUGAUUUACCACUACCUCAGGGUCUCCAGCUUCUCCGAGUACACGGUGGUGGACGUUGCUAACAUCGUGAAGAUCAACGGUUUGUACCCCGUUGACCGGGUCUGCCUGCUCAGCUGCGGCGUGUGCACCGGAGUGGGAGCCGCGUGGAAGGUCGCAGGGGUGGAGGAAGGGUCCACAGUGGCCAUAUUUGGGCUCGGAUCCGUUGGGCUUGCGGUUGCGGAGGGGGCAAGACUACGGGGAGCUUCCAAGAUUAUCGGAGUCGAUCUUAAUCCCGAGAAGUUCGAGAUAGGAAAGAAGUUUGGGAUCACAGACUUCAUCAACCCUUCCGACUGCGGAGACAAACUAGUCAGUGAGGUCAUUAAAGAAAUGACAAAUGGGGGUGCAGACUAUUGCUUUGAAUGCAUCGGGGUGGCUUCUGUGAUGGCAGAUGCAUUUGCUAGCAGCCGCGAGGGGUGUGGCGAGACGGUCAUUUUGGGAGUCGAGACGCGAGGGACGCCAUUGAGCCUCAACCCUUUCGAGCUUCUCGGGGGCAAGACUGUAACUGGCUGUUUAUUUGGGGGCUUAAAACCAAAAAUUGACAUUCCCGUCCUCGCUCGUAAAUAUUUGGAGAAGGAGCUGAAUUUGGAUGACUUCAUAACACAUCAUCUGAGCUUCCAAGAGAUCAACAAAGCCUUUGACUUGCUGCUUGAAGGAAAAAGCCUCCGUUGCAUCAUGUGGAUGGAUAAAUAGCUCCCGUUUCUCGAUCGACAAUAUCGCAUCCACUCGACCAUACUAUUCACUAUCAACCAUUCUCUUGGAAUUGCUCAUCUUAUCGAGAAUAUGAAAUCUCAUUUCCCUAAAUCACAUGGUCGUGAAUAUGUAUGGUUGGUUUAACAUAACAACUUUCGCACAAAACUCUAAUAUCAAUUAAAGUACUAUAUUUUAGUACUUACCAUUGUAAUUAUUUUAAUCCCAUAUCAACCAUUAUACAUAUGUAAUAUAAAUAUUUGGAAAUCAUAAAGAAAAUGAUUUUUUUUUAUUUGGAUA